GAAUGUAGAAAAAUUGUUAUUGAUUUUUUGUUUUGUGUUUUGGGGAUUUUGGAACAGGAAAAACAUCUUCGAUUGUGGUUAUUCGAAUGUAAAGAGCCAAGCCAUGAUGCAUUUGUACUAGGUGUGGCUGCAGCAUGUCUUCUUUCAAUUGCUCAUGUUCUUGCCAAUCUUCUUGGUGGCUGCAGUGUUUGUGCUACUGAUGACAUUAAGCAAGCAUCCCCAAGUAGAAAACUAUCAAUGGCUUGUCUUGUUUUUACAUGGAUCAUAAUGGCAAUAGGAAUGGGACUACUGGUUAUAGGGACAAUGGCAAACAACAAAUCAAGAGCUUCUUGUGGGUUUUCACAUCACCAUUUUUUCUCAAUUGGUGGAAUUUUGUGUUUCAUCCAUGCCAUCUUUGCUGUUGCCUAUUAUUCUACUGCCUCAAUGCUACUUGCCCUAUAAUCCAAAUUAUUUAUUUUUUUGUUUAUUGGGGCUGUAAUGUAAUGAAGAUGUUUUGGUACUAUGAUUGUGUUGUAGACAAUAUUAUUGAUAAUCGCAACUAAUUACAAGAUAUGUAACUUAAUUCUAAGAUCACACUUGAUUCUAUCAACAGAAAAUAUAUUCAUUUGCCCUGCAACAGA